CCUCAGCCUGGCUCAGUUCGCGUCCCGCUAUUCCGCCGGUCGGUUGUGUGUAUCGUUCGUUCAAAUUAUUGCUACGAUCUUUUCAAACUUAGUGCUUGUUACAUCGACUUUUAUUCGUGUUAUCGGAGGCAUACCUAGCUCUUCAAAAUGAGGGGUUUGAAAGCCCUCAUACUUCUACACCUGGUGUACUUCUGUGGAUGCAUGGACCAGCUCCACAUAGUGUAUGAGUGGAAGCAGAUUGACUACGAGUUCCCCACUCCUGAGGCCAGGCAGCAGGCUCUGGAGACGAAGAACUUCAUCCCAGAGAAUAAUAUUCCCAUGGGACUGGAAAUCUAUGAGGAUAGACUGUUCAUCACUGUUCCUCGAUGGAAGUCCGGAGUACCUGCCAGUUUGAAUUACAUCAAUUUGAAAGAUAAUUCAACAACAUCACCGAAGUUGAUCCCGUACCCAAGUUGGGCAGCGCACUCUAUCGGCGAGGACGGCAAACCUCCAGAGAUCAUCUCCCCAUUCCGCGUGAGAGCUGACCGCUGCGGACGUCUCUGGGUCCUUGACAAUGGAAAAAUGGGCAACUUGGAGAAAAACACAACGAAAUACCCACCCUCGAUCAUUGUUUACGACUUGAAAACUGAUAACCUGUUGAGGAAAUACGUAUUCCCCGAAGACCAGGUCAAAGAAGACUCUGGUUUUGCCAAUAUAGCUGUUGAAGAUAUCGACUGUGAGAAUACUUACGCUUACGCUGGAGAUUUAGGCAAACCUGCCAUUGUUGUGUACUCCUGGGAGAAGAACGAGUCUUGGAGGAUCACCCAUCACUACUUCCACCCUGAUCCUUUAGCUUGUGACUUCAGUGUUAAAGGAUUCAAUUUCAGCUGGACUGAUGCGUUGUUCGGUCUCGGUCUCUCUGCUCCUAAUGCUGAGAACUACAGCACACUUUACUUCCACCCCAUGGCCAGCUACGAUGAAUUCUCCGUGUCAACCAAGUUUCUGAGGAACAAAACGCUUGCUGAUGAUAACUUCAGCGCUUUCAAUGUUUUGGGAAGUCGAGGGCCGAAUGCUCAGUCCAGUGUAUCUUUUGUUGACCAGAAAACUGGAGUCUUGUUCUAUUCUUUGGUAAACUUGAAUGCUGUUGCAUGCUGGAAGACUUCUAACAAAGAAUAUUUGAUGAAGAACCAAGGCAGGAUCUACAUGAACGAGGAGACCAUGGUAUACCCGACUGACAUUAAAGUUGAUUACAACGACAACUUGUGGAUUCUGUCCAACAAGAUGCCGAUUUGGAUGUACGGUAAACUAGACGCUAAUGAAGUUAACUUUAGGAUCUUUUCGGCUCCAGUUGUUGACGCGAUUAGUCAUACGGCUUGUGAUAUCACGGCGAGAUCCGACAUUUUGGACAAGUUCGUGAAUAAGAUCAAGAAUGCGACUAACUCGAUCGUAGCAAAGAUUAAGCCGAAUUCUGGUAAUGUGGCGUAUAAUCCCCUGGCAGUAGUGAGCAUACUGGUGUUCAGUUGGAUCAUUACCUUGACCCUGUAGACUGUAUCUGAUACAAAGUAAUGUCAGUAUCUACAGUUGCGUUGCUUUCACGAACAAGUUUCGUUUUGUACGUCAGUUAUAGACUUAUUAAGGGCACUAUCUGUAUCUUCCGUGGGAGAGGAAGCGAGACAUAAUUUAAGAUAUUUAAGGACUUAAUAUAAGGUUGUGAAACAAAGAUGAUAACUGGCGUCCAGAAUGUUAGAUUGCUUGUUGCUUUAUUUGUAGUGACAGGGGAGUGACCCAGUUCGUAUGCUAGUCGGAAGCGUUAGUAUUAUAGCCUAUUUAUUGAUAAGGUGCCUUGUGGUUUUAUUACAAGUUUAAACAUACAUUCCAAAAGAUUUGACUAAAUAUUUGCAUUGUAUGCGAGGCAGCAUAGCUGUUUAGUAGUGUAAAGCUUUUUAUAAGUAUUUGGGGAACACUUUCGUGUUGUAAUUGGGUACUUAUCAGUUAUAGUUAAGACCUCUGUAGUCUUCUAAUUUUAAUAUAUUAUGACACUCU